AUGACAGAGUCACAGGUAAAUGCUUAUCUUGCCAAAGCUAACUACGAGACAACAGCGAAGUACUCAAUAAACGUUCCAAAGUUAGAUGAAAUUGUGACCCACAUACCUGCACCGUCGAAAAGUGAAGUGCAUAUAUUACCAUUGUCGCUUGAAAACAACAGCACAAUAGUUGGGACUAUGAGUAUUCUCGAUCAACUUGCCACAGAUUUCUCAUUACCAAAUAAUAAGAAAGGAACUGAAUAU